CUAUAUUGCGUCACCUUUUCUUGUUGGGAGUUUCUUAUGUUUUGGUUGUUGCAAAAGGUUUGCCGCGGGAUUUUUGAACAGUGUUAAGGAUGACCUGCUUAAGCCCCAUCUACAGGCCUUGGGGGAGAUAGACUGACCUCUGACCCUUCCUCCUAGGCUGCAAAGUGCCCCAAGCUCAUGCAGAGGAAAAAGCACCUGCCCCACCGGACACCUCCCCCUCAGAUGAGACGGAGCCCUCCAGUCCAGCAGUACAGGACAAGAAAACACCUGCCCCCUUUCCAAGUACAUCCAAAGGGGGGGAAGGGAGAGGAAACCCCUGAAGUGGCCGGAUCCUCUGCACCACCUGAUAGUGGGAAAGCUGCUAACUGGGCAAUACCCUCCCAGAGGAAGGGCAGGGCAGAAAACCAGGCACCUGUCUGCUAAAGGACCUUCCUGUGUCUCCUGUGAAGGAGACUGAUGGGGGUGGUGCUCGACAGAUCAAACACAAGGGUAGUCCUCUCAGCCUAUGCUGAUGACGUGCUCCUAGUGGCCUACGAUCUGGCUCAUCUGGAGAGGAUACAGAGCUGGCAAGUGUUUACUUUGCCUGUUCUACCAGAAUCAACUGGGCUAUUGGUAGGUCCCUGACGCUACAGACGAGACGGUGUUUGCUGUUUGUGCAGAUCGGGUGUAUCAAGAUAUCACUGAAAGCAGCGAUCAUAUUUGUAUGAUGUAUUAAAGUUUCCAUUAAAGGUCACAACUUAACAGAAUGAAUUUUGUGCGUCUUCUGAGCCGCCACAAAACUGCCCUUGGGCUCGGCAGCCUCUCUUUGUUUGCCUUGGUCCUCUUGUAUUUGGCUAAAUGCACGUCGGAAACACUGAAACACUCGGAAUCGGGCUUCCCUCAUCACGCAGAAAAGAGAGAUGAACCCCAACAGCGACAGACCAAGGAGCUGUCCGCUUUCCUCGUCGUUCUCAUCACCACCGGACCCAAAUACACAGAGAGACGGAGCAUCAUUCGCAGCACCUGGCUCGCCAAGCAUGACCCUGACAUUCUGUGUAGGUUUGUGGUUGGGACCAGUGGCCUUCUUCCUGAGGACAUCCAGAACCUGAGCCUGGAGAACGCCAGGCACCAUGACCUGCUGCUUCUGCCAGAUCUGAAGGACUCCUAUGACAAUCUCACCAGCAAGCUCGUUCACAUGUAUUCCUGGCUGGACCAGCAUGUGGACUGCAAGUUUGUCUUAAAGGCUGAUGACGACACGUUUGCUCGACUUGAUGUAAUCAAAGAAGAGCUGCAGGCUAAGGAACCCAAGAAACUGUACUGGGGGUUCUUCUAUGGUAGGGGAAGGGUUAAAUCUGCAGGGAAGUGGAAAGAAAGCACCUGGGUACUCUGUGACUACUACCUACCAUAUGCGUUUGGAGGUGGCUAUGUCUUAUCCGCUGAUCUGGCACACUAUGUCAGGAUCAACAGGGACUACCUUAAGUUUUGGCAGAGUGAAGAUGUCUCUUUGGGGGCGUGGUUGGGACCAGUGGAUGUGAAGCGCAUUCAUGACCCCAGAUUUGACACAGAAUUCAAAUCCAGGGGCUGCAAUAAUAAAUACAUUGUGACCCACAAACAGAGCAUUGAGGAUAUGCUGGAGAAGCACCAGACACUGAUCAGAGAAGGGAAACUGUGUAAAGAGGAAGUCAAGCUUCGACUGUCUUAUAUAUAUGACUGGAACGUUCCACCUUCUCAGUGCUGCCAAAGGAAAGAUGGCAUUCUUUGAUACUGUUCUGCACUGAUGGAAAAUUGUACUCUGAAACACUCAAAUUAGGUUGAGGAUCCACUUCAGACGACAUUAAAACUAUAUAUGUAAUGGGAACUUUUUAACUUUGUGUGAUACUAUAACUGUAUUACUGAUCUUAACAAUGUAACAGGUGAUAUAAUGGACCAUAUCAUCUUUGUUACUGAUAUUCAAAUAUAUAAUGCGUGCUAAACGUACAGUCAUUUAAUUUAAAUGUUGACAGAGUGUGCUGCUGCUGCUACUGUUUUGUGUGCUUUUUGAGUUCAGUAUCACUGUUUGCCAAAUAAGCUUUUUAGUGUUUUUAACAGCUUCAUUGUGAACUACAUGUCGUGAUGUUGCAUUCUGUUUAUUUUGCCUGGUUUCCUUUCACUUUCUGAUCAUUUUGAAUAGCAAUACAAAAGUGAAUGGCAAAUGUAGAACAAACCAAUGGAUUGAGUUGAUGAAGACACCUCUGGGCUUUAUAGUGCUGGGACAAACAUGGCUUUCUAAUGUAUAAAUAUGCUUUCAAAAUAGAUUGAAAACAAGUGUGUAAUUCAUACCCUAUUCCAGUAAAAAAAGAAAUCUGGCAACUCACCAGAUGUGCUUAGAUGAGAAACACUCUUUUGUUGAAUGUGCAAUUUUAUUUCAGACAUUUACCCUUUCAUGGUCUCUUUUUUCAUACAGUCAUAAACAGAUGUUCACCAAAUGCAUUUGAAUAACUGUCCAAGCUGGGGAAUCUACCUGUAUUUCAUUAAGCCCCUAUUUUUACAGGUUCAUCAAAUCCACUCCAACGGGCUGGUUUCACAGACCCUGAUUGAACUAACGCUGGACUACUUCACCUAGCGUUACAUUAGGUAGUCCAAGAUUAGCGUUAAUCUGUAAACUAGCCGUAAAUCAUCUCGAGUGAGUAUGUGGAGCUAAUGGCUAAAAUAUAAUAUUAUUUCCACUUUGCUGUUUGUUUGUGUGUGCACGUGUCAGCUGCAUUCACAUCCUGCUGAUCUAUAAGAAACGGCUUUUAUAGGUACUGUGUGUUGCGUAUGGCCAGGAUGGCAGAGCUUUGUUUUUGAUGCACAUUAUUCUCAUGAUCAUGCCUCUAACAAGGACUGGCAUUGAGCUGCUGGAGGAUGGACUCGGAGAGAAUUGCUACAAAUGAGAGACACACACUUUAUCACCUCAGGUGCCACAGUCUGGUAAACUGUUGACUUUCCCACUGGUUGCUUGUAUCCUGCUAGUGCCAUUUAAAAUAACCGUUGUCAAAGAGUGCUGUAGUCCAGUCUACUCUAAUAAAAAUCCAUACAUACUCAGAAUGGAUGACUUGAAAGUAUUUGUAGCUAACAAAAUCAUUUCUUACCAGUUUUGCACACAGUUAACUGUUGUACAGUUUUGAAAGAAACACAUGUUACAGCACACACAUUUUAAUUUUAAAACCUGUUAUCUGUUGCUGCUUUGGUUUUAAAAGCAGCGCAUAGUU